AUGCCCAACAAUAGUGAUAACGAGUGGCUUCAGCGUUUGCUAGAGUUGUUACCAGAACCCUCUGAAGGGGGAGAAGAAGAAGAAGGAGAAGAAGAGGAUGGCGGACAAUUGCCUGCCGAUUUUUUCUAUGAUGCGUUUGCGGACUCCCCCCAGUUUGCUUCUUUUGAUGAACUGUUCGACUAUAUCCCUCAUGAUGAUGAUGAUGCACGGGGUACCAUUAGGGAGGCGUUGGGGGAUUUGGAGGCGGUGUUGGAUCAGCUGUUUGACGAGAUACUGGAGGGUCUGGAGGAUCACGAUUAUGCGCGUAUCACCUUUGACGCCCCAAGUUUGACGAAUCCCAUUGCCUUACCUUAUAUGCGUCGCAGCCAGAUCACCGCCCAGCGUGCCAUAGCGGUGAUCGAGACGGUGGUGCAAUCCAACGAAAAGUUUAUGUUUGAAGGGGAUUUCGACGUGCAUGUGAUCCACACUCGCAUGCCUUCGGGGUCUGGGAAACGGAACAGCAGUACUCUGUACACUGCCGAUCUUGACACGUGGCGAAAGGGAAAGAAGAGCAUUAUUCGCAUCCACAACAACGAUGAAAUGUGUGCAGCUCGGUCUAUCGUGGUUGGUAUAGCCCAUGUGACCAAGGACCCUGACUUUCGCAAAUUGUACUAUGUGAGGAGAGAGCGGGGUUUCAACAACGUCCUGCAGACGGAACGUGCUAGGGCUCUACACGCCGCUGCCGGCGUUCCCUAUGGUCCGUGUGGUAUCCCUGAGAUCCAACGGUUCCAAGAUCAUUUGGCAGGGCGCGGGAUAGAGUUAAAUGUUGUGUCCAGGGAGAAUGCGAACACGGUGAUUUACUGUGGGGCUCUGCCUAACCCUGAGCACCAACUGUACCUUUACUAUGCCAAGGGGCAUUACGACUACAUCAAGAGCAUGACGGCGGUGCUGGGAAGGAGCUAUUUUUGCACAGCGUGCAAGAAGGGUCAUAACAACAAACGACACAGUUGUGUGGACGAUUGCAACAGUUGUGGAGAGGUGGGGUGUUCUCCUUCAGCCCCACCUCCCGAACAGAAUUUCCGUUGGAAUUGGAGGUAUUGUGAAGAGUGCAACAGAUACUUCCGUACCCCAAAAUGCUUCGACAACCAUAAGCUGGUAAAGUCUAGGGGUAAAGGAUUUUUCAAUAAGAGCAAAGUGAAGUCGUGGUCCUAUUGUCAGCGCUACCAUAAGUGCGGCACGUGCGAGAAGCUUAUCGACAUGCACCUCCCCCGUAAGGAGGGGAAGGAGCAUGUGUGUGGAGAGUACAAGUGCUCCGUUUGCAAAGAGAUGGUCCCCCCGGACCACUUGUGCUAUGUCACAACCGGUAGUGCUGCUCUCCCCAAGGACUGUGACGCCGGUGACAAAGGCCGUACACGGUGGAUUAUCUUUGACUUUGAGGCGAUGCCGCUAGAGUCCAAGCAUACCGUGAAUUUUGUUGGUGUGCAGAAAGUGUGCGAUGUUUGCAAAGGAUGGCCCAUGGAUCGUCUUGAGUGUGACACAUGUGGGAUUCGAAAACGUAGCUUCGACACACUCCAAGCGUUCUGCGACUGGCUGUUUGGGGGCGAGAAUUCCGGCUACACCUGCUUGGCCCACAACUUCAAGGGGUACGACUCCUAUUUUAUUUUAGAGUACCUUUUUGAAAACGGAAUCAAGCCCAGUGUGAUCUUCACCGGGGGUAAAGUUAUGCACUUGGCGGUGGCAUCACUCAAGAUUGAUAUGAAGUGCACGUUGAAUUUUCUACAAAUGCCGUUGGCCAGUCUUCCCAAGGCGUUUGGGUUCCAGGACGUUGCCCAGAAGGGGGUGUUUCCUCACUUCUUCAAUACCCGCGAACACCAAAACUACGUGGGGCCCAUGCCGGACCUGUGUUACUACGAUCUCAAAGGGAUGAAGGAGGAAGAUGCACGUGCAGUAUCCCUCUGGCACCAGGAGCAAGUGGCCCAGGGUGCUGUGUUCGAUCUAAAAAAAGAGCUCGCUACUUACUGUCAUCAAGACGUGGAGGUGUUGAAGAGGGCAGUGGUGGCUUUCGACGAGCUGAUUAUGGGGGCGGUUGGCCUUCAUCCUUUUGAGAUGGCAAUCACCAUAGCAUCGUUGUCUAGCAAGAUUUUGCGGGCGUGUUUCCUUGAGGAAGAGUCCAUUGGCUCGGUCCCAUUGCGUGGCUACCGCGGUCAUGAUGUCCAGUCCCUGAAAGCCCUGCAAUGGUUAAAGUACCUGGAACACCGCGAAGGGGUGUUUAUUCAACAUGCGGGAAACCGUGGGGAGAAGUGCUUACCUGGGGGGAUCAAGGUGGAUGGUUAUGCCGAAGCCACCAACACAGUGUACCAGUACCAGGGUUGCUUUUACCAUGGGUGCUCUGUGUGCUUCAAACCUGACACCGUGAACCCCCAAACGAAUACCACGAUGCGAGAGCUCCGAGACCAGACACUGGCCAUGGAGUUGCGCAUCCGGGAUCGCGGGUACAACUACGUGGAAGUAUGGGAGUGUGAAUUCGACGCCCAAUUGAAGAGCGAUGCGCAACUCCAAGCGCUUGUGGGUGAUGUGGAGCAUGCUAAACCUUUAGAGGCUCACGACGCUUUCUUUGGCGGGAGGACGAACGCCAUCAACCUGCACUACGAGGCCAAACUGGAGACGGGGGAGGAGAUUCGUUACUACGAUUUUACUUCGCUCUACCCCUGGGUGAACGCCAUGUGUGAAUACCCGGUGGGUCAUCCCGAUGCCAUCGUCACCGAGGACUUUGCCGAGGAUCUUCACGCGUAUAAGGGGUUAAUGAAGGUCCGCAUGCUCCCCCCGCGGCACCUUUUUUUCCCCGUUCUCCCUGUACGCGUGAAUUCCAAAUUGAUGUUUCCUCUCUGCUUGCGAUGCGCUGAGUUGGAGUGGCAGGGUUCGUGCUCUCAUUCCGACGAAGAGCGGGCGUUCACCGGCACGUGGUGCCACCCUGAGGUCUACAAGGCCCUUGAAAAAGGUUACACUGUUGUCAAGGUGUACGAAGUGUGGCACUGGGAACAGUGGGACUGUCUUUUCAAGGAGUACAUUAAGACCUUCCUGAAAUUCAAACAGGAGGCCUCAGGGUGGCCCGCUUGGUGUGUUACCGACGCCGAGAAACAGCAGUAUCUCGACGACUACGAGCAGCACGAAGGGGUACGCCUGGACCCCGCCAAGGUGGAAAAGAACCCAGGGCUUCGUAGUGUGGCGAAGAUGCUCCUGAACUGUAUGUGGGGGAAGUUUGGGGAGCAAACCAACCCAAGACGGACCAAGUACGUGGAUGAGCCAAAAGAGUUUUUUGGCUUGUUGCUGGACGACCAUGUGGACGUGACCAAUGUGCUGAUCGUGAAUGAUGAUCUUCUACAAGUCCACUAUAGAAUGUGUGAAGAGUUUAAAGGGAUGAAACCCCACACGAAUGUCAUCAUUGCUGCUAUGACGACAACCUGGGCCAGGCUCAAACUGUACCAAGUGAUGGAGGGGUUGCAGGAACGCUGUCUCUACCACGACACAGACAGUGUUAUCUUUGUUCACCGACCGGGGGAGUGGGAGCCACCUCUGGGGGACCACUUGGGAGAUUUAACCAGUGAACUGGAAGAGGGAGAUUACAUCGACCACUUCGCUUCUACUGGCCCCAAGAGUUAUGGUUACACGACACGUCGUGGUGACUCCGUGUGUAAAGUGAAAGGGCUCCACUUGAACCUUCGUACUUCGAGGAUUGUGAAUCUCGAGACUAUGUUGGAUCUUUUGUACGUGGAGGAGGGUGGCGAGCGUCAUGUCAUCCUCCCUUACACGAUCCAGCGCAAUGUGGACAGGAGGACUUUGCACACCGUGCCAACCAAGAAAACCUUCAGGGUGGUGUACAACAAACGGGUGCGCAGAGGGAUGCUCACGUACCCGUAUGGCCACCACCUUUUGUAG